GCUUGCCAUAGGAUGUGAAGCUCUUGGAGGAAACUGCACCUGCCCCCCCCUCCACCCGGAAGCUGGGGCGGGGCCUCCAAACCUGGUUUCUUAGUGAGGGUACAGGUUGCAAAGAGAACGUGGUCCCAGGGGCAGGCGACUGAAGAGUCCUUGCGGGCCGUGGCAAAGCCAUGUGCCCUGCCUUUGCCUGGCAUGGACUGUGGAGACUUGGACUUCAGCGAGGACUACCAGUCCCCAUUUGACUUUGAUACGGGAGUGAACAAAAACUACCUCUACUUGUCUCCUAGUGGCAAUGCAUCUCCGCCUGGAUCACCUACCCAGAAACCUGGUCUGCUGAGGACAGAUCCAGUACCUGAGGAAGGGGAGGAUGCUGCUGCCACCCUGGGAGCCACUGAGACCUUGUCGGAGGAGGAGCAGGAUGAGCUGAGACGAGAACUUGCAAAGGUAGAAGAAGAAAUCCAGACUCUGUCUCAGGUAUUGGCAGCAAAAGAGAAGCAUCUAGCAGAGAUCAAGCGAAAAUUGGGAAUCAAUUCACUACAGGAACUGAAACAGAACAUCGCCAAAGGGUGGCAGGAUGUGACAGCAACAUCUGCAUAUAAGAAGACAUCUGAAACGCUAUCACAGGCUGGACAGAGGGCAUCAGCUGCCUUUUCAUCUGUUGGUUCAGUCAUCACCAAAAAGCUGGAAGACGUAAAAAACUCUCCGACUUUCAAAUCGUUUGAAGAAAAGGUUGAAAACUUAAAGUCUAAAGUAGGGGGAACCAAGCCUGCUGGUGGUGAUUUUGGAGAAGUCUUGAAUUCAACUGCUAGUGCCAGUGCCACUGCCACGGAGCCACCUUCAGAACCUACGCAGGAGAGCCCUUGAGAUUCCUACCUUUGUUCUGCUCCCCACUGCCAGAUGCUGCAGGCAAGAUCCAAGCACAUCCUGUCAACAUGCAUUGCCAUGGAUUUCUACCAGAUGUGCUGUUAUUUAGCUUUACAUUAUUUCUUUGACCAAAUAAUUUGUGGGUUAACCAAAAUGAAAAUACCUUCACUUCUGUUUCCAGAUAAUAACCCUGUCAUAUCCACUUAAGGCCCUUUAUUUAGGAAUCAGCAUUACAAAGACUAUAUGUUGUAUCUAGGGAUGCUCCUGAAUUGAGUAGCAGCUGCAGUGAACUUAGUUGCUUUCCUGCCUGACAAAGUGGAUUCCAGUUUGAUCAUUGUCUUCUGUAUGAUUUUUUUCCUAUUUGAAUCUGUAUAUUUGAUUCCUCACUAAAAAUUGUUCUUUUAAAUCUUCCCAGUCCUGAAUAAUAAAAGUUUCAGUGUUGUUUUCUUUAGCUUUAAAGGAAGAACUACAAAAAUAAAAACACUUCUGAAUAAACAUUGUUUUCAUAUAAGGUACAUAUCUAGGUGUCUGACACCAAGCUAAAGCAAACAACUGUACAUCCAUUUUCUUAAAGUUCUGUAACAAUAUGUACAGUAGUAACUCAAACUACAAGGUGACUUCAGAGUGGGAAUUCCUGCCAUAUCCUUGUUACUUAUCAUUUGUGACAACCUGUUCAGCAUAUUAGCUAUUAUGCCACUUAUAUAAUCUUUUUCUUUUUUUCAAGCUUAAAAUUUUAAUUUCAGAAUAAAUUGACAAAAUAACAUCCUAAAUCAAGAAGAUUAUUUAUUAGUAGGUUGAAAUAUGAGCUCACACAUAAUACUCAUGUUUCAAAGCUUUGAAGGCUUUGUAGAUCUGAGUAGCAAAAACCCAUCACACCAAGAGAAACAUUGCAGUCUCCAUUUCAUCCAUUUAGCAAUCCUUUCAGAAGCACACAAAGUGAUAUGAGUAAUAGAACUUGAACAUUUUUUAUAGUGAGGUGUUGGUGGUAACUCCUAAGGUUGUAAUGCAUUAAUAAAAAUCAGGUCACAUUCUCAAAAUAUCAGCAUGUUUCCAAUUGUGAAUUAGUACUGUUGACAUUGGCCCUAUUUUGAAAAUUGAGUGUUGGGGCUAAUGAGUCAAAGCCUCUGGGUGAAUCUACCUAAAGGCAAAGUAUGCUAUGCAUUCUAAUAAACUACUGACACCACCACCAUUUCCUUACGUUGUAAAUGUUUAUGGCCUACAAUGUUGUAUCUGUUAUUUAUCAAGUUGUGAUUAUUUUAUUAUAGAUUAUGCCAAAUGUUAUUUGCCAAGCUUGGAGUGACCCAAAGCAUUUUUUUUGAAAGCAUGACUACAUUUACUUGGGGAUAAAUCCUCCUGAAAACCAAAUUUGAAAAGCACAGUGUUUUUCUAAAGUGACAUGCUGCCUUUCUCUGUUGCUAGAGCUUUUGUUAGAACUUUGGAUGCAAUUGAAACUAUGCUCUAUUACAUGUGAAAAGCUUAAUAAAUUCUGUAUAUCAGCAGUAUAGGUCUCAACAUUUAUUAUGAGACCAAUGGUCUGGGAACCAUUGUUGUAUUAAAGAAUCAGCUGGUGUCUAUGCUUUAGAAAAAAGGUUUUUUUUUUUUUUUUGCCCGUCAUCUAUUUUAAAUUUCUGCAGGGUCUCAGACUAACAUAUUUUAAAAUAAUUUAUUCCUACAAGUUUUAAGGCCAUAGUUGUGGUAGCAUUGUUCCAGAGUAGAUGUGUUGAAUUUUGCAGUUAUUCAGUGUAACUUAAGAUUUUUUUUUUCUAUCAGUCAGUCUUCAAUUUUCUUUGUUGUUGUUUUUCCAGUAUCUUCAUUACAUUAAUCUACAGUGCCCUGUCCUGUGCUUGUUUUCAACAAGCAAAACAAAGUAAGAUGGAAAUUGCUUUAAAUUAUCUAGAAACUUCUUUACUGCCCACAUAACAGUGAUAGAAAUGGUAGUGGGGAGUAGGAUGGUAUUGUAGGUGAAUCUUGGCGAUAGUUGGGAAAGAAGUUGAAAAUCAAUUUUCUAGAUAUCUUCCUAUACUUAAUAUAAAAAAUUUAAUCUGUUGUAAAAUAUUUCCUAAGGGAAGUAAUAAAAAGUGUGGAUCAGUCUGGAUCAAUUUAGAAAAAUAAACAUGGAUUUAGAAAUAUUACUUAAAAUGAUCUUUGUGACACAUUCCAUAUAAUGAAUUCUCUGAUAAGUAAGCAGUUGAAAAUAUAAUUAGAAUACUCGAAAUAGACCUUUGGCUACAUGAUUGAGUUUUGUCUUUGACACUAUAAGAAAACAACUGAAAUCUCAGAUACUUAUAAAAUCUCAGAAAUUUAAGGACAUAAGAAGUGUAAUAGAAAAAAAUAACCUUUUUACAAAAAAAGAUUUUUUUAAAAUCUUUAUGGAGUAUGUGGGUAAUAUAACAAGAGUUCUUAGGGUUAAGAGUCAAAGUAAACAAUGGAAGAGGAUUUAUUAAUUGGAUUAUCAUCUUAGCAACUCAAAGUAAUUACUGCACUACAGAAAAUACACAUUUCUUUUGAACUGUUUCUGGAUAUUAAGAUACACACUGUAUUUUUUUUGUAUUGUGUUUAAAAACAAUAAAAAAAUUCUAUAAUUUGG